AUGGACAAUUUGAGUAACAACCACCUUGGAAGUGAUGCGCAAGUGAUUCUAUUCCUGAGAGCCCGGAUCUACUCAAUUGCGCACCCAGCACUCCUUUUGGCAUUGGGCGCUACUCGUUUUCAAGCAGUGGUUGCUGAUCCCACUAGGGAGCUUCUUUCCACCUUACCAUGGCUCACCCUUGUACAAAUUUUCUACGUGAUUGUUUGUCUUCCGCCCGCCGGGUCGACACCGUCAACAGAGACGAGCGCGUCCGCCCCGGCUGAUGGCAAGUCAAGUCCUCGGUCAUCUGGGCCUGGUGGUGCUGUACGUCAUGGAAAACAUGGAAAGCGGAAGCAGCACGCCAACAGCUGGGCGUGCAUUUGGUCCCGGUUACUGCCGGCUCUGCUUUCGCUCUCUCUGACCUUCGCCCUGGCAACCCCGGUUCUGACAGUUCUUCUCGUUCUAUUCGGCGCCCCGCUCACAACGCACAAUUCCGAGACCGUCUUAUGUGCGGCCCACAUGGCCGUUCUAUCUGCAACGGCUCUGAUCUACGCCCAUGGGCUGGAUCGCGCCGUUUGGAACGAGGUUUGGGGCAUUGCCCGUCCUGCUGAUGCGGUCUGGGGCAGUGCGCUCGGCACAGGCUUGGGGGCGUGGUUCGGCGCUAUUCCUAUUCCUCUUGACUGGGACCGACCUUGGCAAGCAUUCCCAAUCACGAUUCUCGUUGGAGCCUACAUCGGAUAUGCGGUUGGCUCUUUGCUUGCUCGCACUCCAUUGGUUUACGGCAAGCGUGUCAAAUUCACUUCGGAGGUGAGCGAGACCGAAAAGAAGACUAAUUAG